AUGAGGACCCUCCUGCAGCGGCCCACGGCUCUCCCUGGGGUUUUCUGGAUGCUUCUUGGCUGUAUGACAGGCUCCGGGGCCGUGAAGGUGUCGGUGGUGGCUGACCGCAUCCAGGUGGUGCGGGGAGGGAGCGCCCUCUUGCCCUGCUCCUUCCGCACCAUGGCCCCUUUGAGCCGCCUCAACAUCAUCUGGACUGUCACCCCAUCCUCAGAGCCCAGCCACCCGCAGCAAAUCCUUGCUUUCGAGCAGGGCGAGGUGGUGGAGAGCGUCUCCCACUACGCCGGGCGGGCGGGCUUUGCUUUCUCGCCCACCAAGAGUGCUAGCAUCGUCCUGAACGACACGCGCGGCUCCGACAGUGGCAUGUACCAGUGCAGCGUGACGAACCCGCCGGACACUGCAACGCCCAACAUUGGGGUCGUCCGGCUCACUGUCUUUGUGCCGCCGUCUAAUCCGAAAUGCUCCAGCGAGGGCGACAGGGAAGAGGGGGGCACCCUCCACUUCUCGUGCACCGUGGACGAAGGGACGCCCGCACCCACUUUCACCUGGGAGAAGAUCCCGCCUGAUACGCAGCCGUUGGUGAUGAGCUACGAAGGUGACCGUCGCACGCUCCUGACCUUGCACAACCUGACUGCGGCUGCCUCCGGCCUGUACCGCUGCACAGCCUCAAACAUGCUGGGUUCCGUCUCCUGCGCCCUGGAGCUGCGCGUUCACGUCCCGCCCCACGAGACCACCUCCCUUGUGGUGGGCAUCACCCUCAUGCUCAGCAUGGGCCUGGUGCUGCUCACGCUCUUUGCACUGGUGCUGUGGCUGCACCACCAGAGCGUGGGCAAGUGGACGGAAGAGGACGACUCGCGUAACAAGAGGAGGACCGACAGCUUCUCUCUGGGGCGCCUGAUAGUGGCAAAGAGCCCCCCUGGAGACACCCCCGUGGGCAGUCCCGCCACCAAGCCCCUGUGGAUUUUCACCAGCUCCACGCCCAACACCACCUACGCCCACCGCGAAUGGAGACCCCAGCCUGGAACCGUGAGCCAGGGGCGGUGGAGGAGCUGCAGCCUCUCCGAACGGCAGGGCUCCUCAUCCAGCGGCGAAGAGAAGCCGCCUGUGCAGGGCCUCUUCCCCAAACCCACCGGAUUCCUGGUCUAGGACC